AAUGACUUCUUCACCCACUGUAACCCGUAUUUCAGAAUGCUUCGUCAAGCCGCCGGACGACCACCUCUCGCCGGAGGAAAAGCAACCCAUUCACUUCACGCCUUUCGAGAUACUCUCACUCAACAUCAAAUACAGCCAAAAAGGUCUCCUAUUUGCGAAACCACCACCAUCGGAAAAUCAAGAUUUCUCCAUCCCUGUUUUCUUGGAUCACCUUCGCCGCUCUCUCUCCGCCGCCCUUACUCAUUUCUAUCCGUUCGCCGCCCGUUUAGCCACUCGAAUACAAGAAAACCCACCUUCCUAUGUCAUCUACCUAGACCCUGAAAAUAGCCUUGGUGCCAAGUUUGUUUAUGCGACGGUGGACGCCACCGUAUCGGACAUCCUUACGCCUCCCGACGUACCCUUGGUUGUUCGUUCCUUCUUUGAUCUCAAUAACGCCAUUAAUCACGACGGUCACACACUGCCGUUGUUAUCCAUUCAGGUUACUGAGCUUGUGGAUGGAAUCUUCAUCGGCGGCUCCGUCAACCACUUGAUCGCCGACGGAACAUCUUUUUGGCAGUUCAUGGCUGUUUGGAGUGAAAAUUUCAGAUCCAAAGACCGUGCAUCAAUCUCUCAUCCUCCGGUACACCGACGAUGGGAUGAGUCGGACCCGAUUAUCAACCUCCCGUAUACCCACCAUGAUCAAUUUAUUGAACGAUUCGAACCUCCACCAUUUAAGGAGAGAUUCUACCAUUUCUCCUCACCCUCUGUCUCCAAACUCAAAUCAAAAGCAAACUCCGAAUGCAAUACCGAUAAAAUCUCAAGUUUACAGGCAGUGAUCGCACUUAUAUGGAGGUGUAUUACCCGUGCCCGCCGUCUACCACCGGAGGAUCAAACUAGUUGUAGAUUGAUGGUUUCUAACCGACGUAAGAUGAAUCCGCCUUUGUCUGAUUAUUACUUAGGUAGCCCAGUUCAAGUAGUGAGAGCAACGGCAACUGUGGAGGAUUUGAUGGCUCACGGCCUCGGGUGGGCGGCUCUCCGGUUACACGAGGUGGUGAUGAACCACGAUCAUAGCAAGGUUAAGGAAAUGGUGGAGUCAUGGAUUAAAAGGCCGGUGAUAUUUAAAAUGAGUCAUGGAAUUGAUCGGAAUGCCAUACACGUUGGUAGCUCACCACGGUUUGACAUGUAUGGGUGCGAAUUUGGAUUGGGGAAAGCGGUGGCGGCACGAAGCGGAGGCGCGAACAAGGGGGAGGGGAAGAUAACGAUGUAUCCGGGAAGGGAGGGAGGUGGGAGCAUGGAUGUGGAAGUUUGCUUCGGGUCGGAGCUUAUGAUGGAUAUGGAAUGUGACGAGGAGCUCAUGAGUGCUCUAAUGGUCGAUUAACAGGUGCACGGAUUAGUGGAAUUAGGUAGGUUUGGGAGAAUUUGGAAUUAAAGUGGAUUAUUAUCUUAUAUUUGGUUUGAAUAAAAAUGAGGA